AUGGCUGUUGAAGCGGGGGGAUUUGAGGCAUUAACAUUUGACAAACGAAAUGCACAGAAUCACAUUGAGAAGGCUAGAAGAUUGAGGCUUGGAGUAGAAGAUGCUGAAUCAGUUGCGUUUUAUUUUCAUAGGAUACAACAACAAAAUUCGAACUUCUACUCUGAAAUGAACUUUGAUAGAGAAGGAAGCUUGCGAAACUUAUUUUGGGCAGCUACAAGGAGUAGGGUAGCUUAUAAAUCAUUUAGGGAUGUUGCCACAUUUGACACAACCUAUCUGACAAACAAAUAUGACAUGCCGUUUGCUCUGUUUGUAGGAGUUAAUCACCAUGGGCAGUCAAUUUUGUUUGGUUGUGGGUUGUUAUGUAAUGAGAACAUUGAGACAUUUGUAUGGCUAUUCAGAGCUUGGUUAAGUUAUAUGUCAGACACUCCUCCGAAUGCUAUAAUAACUGACCAGUGCAAAGCUAUGCAAAAUGCCAUAUAUAUUGUCUUCUCACAGGCUCGACAUCGUUGGUGUUUAUGGCAUAUAAUGAAGAAAAUUCUGAAAAAAUUGAGAGCCUAUUUGCAAUAUGAAUCCAUAAAGUUUGCUUUGCAAAAGGCAGUUUAUGAAUCUUUCACAAAAAAUGAAUUUGAUGAGGAAUGGCAAGCAAUGAUUGCAAAGUUUAGUCUACAUGAUAACGAUUGGUUGGGGACACGAGGUAGCCCAAUGCAAAUGGUGGAUAAUAUUGGAAGCGGAUCUCUUAGUCAUUCAGGAAUUGUGACCAAUACAAGUAGUCAAAGUGGACCAAUUGCUUCAAAAUUUGUUGAGUUGAAUAUAGAUGUGGAUCUAAAUGCCCCUUUAUAUUUCUAG